UCGGCGAUGUAAAUCACCAUCACCCCUGAAAAAGCCAGUACACCACGAGAUAUAUUGGUUGCCAUCGCCAACAGCAACAUCCACCAGUAACCGACCCGUUGUGUCCCAAAAAAUUGAUGUAGCUGUGAUGAAUGAAAACCAUAUUGAUCUGCCAUACUCGUCGCUGUAAAGCCAGCCCGAUCAUUUCAAACUCUUCACCAUGCCGACCUUCGGAGAUGGCAUUGUAGUGAUGUCGUCUUUGAAAGGAGUCGUCGUAUUAGUUGUUGCUGUAACGUUCCUACUGUCAGCGUUGCUGUGGAGCCUCCCUGGGGAUAAUGAACACGCGCAGUGGAGAGUCUCAUCACAACAAGCCUCCUCGGCGGCGAACCCUGUCAAGGAAAGAGUAAAGAAGUCAGCUCAGAUUAAAGAAACAUGUAAAGUUAUGACGCCGUCCAAAGACGAUAUGAGGCUUUUAAAGCUUCUUUCGCGGGAUUCUAAUAAAGAUUCGGAUCAAGGGAAACAUAAUAGUGGCAUAAAUGAGCAAGUUGAUGUGACUAGACUGGCCACAUGUUCAGUUCUGGUUGGCUGUGAUGGACGAGAAUCGGUUACAUGCAAAACAAAUGUCUGUUCUCAUUUCACGGUUAAAAUGGGAUCCCCAAGCCAUAUCAUACACGAUGUGUCUCCUGACGCUCUUGGAGAGAUUGUAAGGCUUCGAGGAAGCAACAUAACUGGAAUCGAUGUAAUGUGCGACCAGGGAAAUACAAAAACCGUCUCGGAUAAUCACUGGCAGAGUGUGAUAAUUCGGCGCCGCCGCAAAUGUCAACGUGAAGAGAACAUAACCAAAUAUCCCCAAAACAUCCAUAUAAUUAAUGUAAGGUUCCUUUCACGGUGGGAGCUUUUCGCCAGGAUGAAGCGGUUAAGUGAGCUGGUCGCGUCCGAACCACAGCAUGAAUUGAAAGUGUUAGAUUUCUCGAAGUACCAGAGCCUUGUGUGGGAGGACAAUGACAAUCUUAGGGCUCUUCUCCAGGGGCAAGUUGCUCAAAAUGAUUCCAAACCCACUCUCAUUGACAUCGCAAAACAACAAGGAUUCAAUGUAAGAGUAUUUGAUUUAUCAGAAGAGGAUUAUCAUCGCUCUCUUGACUUGAAACAUAUUUUAGAGAACAGCAGCACAGAGUGUUUGUUUGUUGGAGAUCGUGUAAAACCUUUUGCUGACAUCCCAUCAUGUGAAUGUUCUAUUUACCAAGGGGCUGAAUAUACUCCUGAACAAAAGUUGGAAGAAUUGCAAAAGUGCUUAUCCAGCAUUAAUGGCAUUCCCACCACAAACAAGGUGUUGACGAUGACAUUUUUAGAAAACACACAUUGGGAAUUUUCUAUUGAAAAGGCAGUAGAUGAUGCUAUUACUGACAUUAUCAACAGUGUCAUCCGCGACGACAUUGAUUCCAUCGUAUUACUGAUGAGCGACGUGGGCAACCCAUCCUUCUCUCGACUCGACCAAUCGCUAUUCAUGCAAACCCAGGCUUCAAAUCCCUUUCUUGCUAUUUUCUAUCCUUCAUCUUCUGAGAAUGAAAGUAAACUGGCAGUUCUUGCUCAGAACAGAGAUAAAUUGAUUUCUGUUGAAGACAUUCAUCUAACGAUUCUGGAUUUCAUUUCUUCAGUUCCGACUGUUGACAACGGAAAUAAACUCGAAGGCUCUCCCAGUCGAUACCGUGGACUAUCUUUGUUGAGAUCCAUAAUCCCUUCCCGUUCAACCAAACAACUCGGAGUAAGACCUCCCAGUUUCCCCAUAUGUGAGUCGCGACAACUACGCUAUCCUAAUGAUACCAUCCAGGCUGCAUUUGCCGAGACUGUCGUGGGCUUCAUGAACAAUUACAUACAAGACAGGAUGAAGACAGAUAAAAGGAUUAGAAACAGCUGUCGUCCAGUAAUCGGUGUAAGAUUUCUUAAUGUGCGUAAGUCUCACCAACACGGCCGAAGCGUUACUUUGAUGGAUUUAGAAAUAAGGGCCGUUUCCACAAAGAACGUGAUACCGUUAAAGGAUGUUACUGUGACCUUGAAACAAGAAUCCCACAGCAACCAUUCCUUAGAAGUCAACACGAAAGACGGAGGAUUGAAGACGUUGCUUGAGGGGCACAUCCUACCGUCCGUGUGUUCAGGUGACAUGGAUGUGAACUUUUCACUAAUCGCGAAGUCAAAAAUCCCCUUAUUUCUACGAAGCGCCGUAAGCUUUGGCGCAAAACCACGAAUGAUUAGCGUUCAUGGAGAAUGUCUAUUUCUGCUGGUGCGUGGUUUUGCUGACAGCGCUGGGUACUAUGUCAUGAACGUUUGUGAUGAUAGGCAGUACGACUUCGUCUUCAGCGGCCGACUGAUCAACGUGUUUUCAUUUGUCACGUUACCAGUGAAGUUAACGGUAAAACCUGGCCAGGUGCACUUUGUGACAGCGUUUGUUAAGGCGUCCUACUUCGUCCAUGAACUGUUCUUCCACUAUGAAACACAUCAUCAUAUGACACUACUCUGACACCUGUCACAUAUGGCAUUACUCAGAUACCUGUCACAUAUGGCAUAACUCUGAUACCUGUCACGUAUGAUUAUUACUAUGAAACUUGUCCACAUAUGACAUUACUCGCGAUAUGACAUCUGUCCACAUAUGACAUUACUAUUAAACUGAAAUAUAUA